AUGAUUUCAUUAACAAUAUUAGUAUUUCUCUCGAUAACAACAUACUCAGCUAGUCUAGAAUACGAAAGUCAUAUUAAGUCAGCCAUCUUUUUGUCUGAAAGUUUUGAAGUUGGACCAGGAAAAGUUGCAACGAAAACACUUUUAGAUAUUGCUUUUCCGAGAGGUCAUAUUGGAAUCAAGAGUUUUGAUGCUGAAGUGGUUGAUGAAAAUGGUAACUCUGUACCUUUGUAUGAAACUUACCUCCAUCAUUGGUUUGCUAUAAAAUACAUUGAAAACGUUACCAUGUCACACUAUAUUGAACAAACUCAUGACCUUCGUAACGGUAUCGAAUACGAAAGAAAUGAUGGUCCAUGUCAAACGUUUUUACUUCCACAUUAUUGGGGGUUGGGAGGAGAAUCACGAGGAACACCCUCAAAUCUUCCAUAUCCUUUUGCACUUGAAUUAGGUAAUCCAAAAGAUAUAAAACAUGGAUUUAAAGAAAAGUGGUUGUUUAACGUCAUGGUUAUUGAUACACGUGGCACACAUAAUAGAAAAGGUUGCACCGAAUGUAGAUGUAACCUUUUCAAUCUCCCAAAGGACUUUUACAAUGUCACAACGGGCGUUAAUGGACUACCAUUGCCCCUAGAUUAUAAAGGAGGACUAUUUUGUUGCAAAGAUAACUUUCAAUGUAAAUUAAGAAAGAGUUUCCAUGGCCCAACAAGAAAGCUUUUUCUAAGAUACAAAAUAAGGUGGGUGGAUUGGGAUGAACACCAAGUGCCACUCAAGUUUUACAUACUUGAUUCGACUGAUCGUGUGAGAUCAAACGGGUCUACAACAAUUCAUGAGUGUCAGGCAGAAUAUGUCAUUCCAAGAAUUAGUGAUGGUAGCUCCUUUCAUGUCCAAAAGGCAAAGAUUCCAAUGACAAAAGGUGGUUAUCUUAUAUAUGGCAUUGCACAUGCGCAUGCGGGCGCUGUCAAUAUAACUGUAUAUGGACAGGAUGGAAGGGUUUUAUGUACUUCAACACCAAAAUACGGAACGGGAAAAGAACCAGGAAAUGAAAGAGGUUAUGUAGUUGGAACGUCUGUUUGCUCUCCAAAACCUGGUUCUAUCAAGAUUAAAGAUGCUAGUCUAGAAUACGAAAGUCAUAUUAAGUCAGCCAUCUUUUUGUCUGAAAGUUUUGAAGUUGGACCAGGAAAAGUUGCAACGAAAACACUUUUAGAUAUUGCUUUUCCGAGAGGUCAUAUUGGAAUCAAGAGUUUUGAUGCUGAAGUGGUUGAUGAAAAUGGUAACUCUGUACCUUUGUAUGAAACUUACCUCCAUCAUUGGUUUGCUAUAAAAUACAUUGAAAACGUUACCAUGUCACACUAUAUUGAACAAACUCAUGACCUUCGUAACGGUAUCGAAUACGAAAGAAAUGAUGGUCCAUGUCAAACGUUUUUACUUCCACAUUAUUGGGGGUUGGGAGGAGAAUCACGAGGAACACCCUCAAAUCUUCCAUAUCCUUUUGCACUUGAAUUAGGUAAUCCAAAAGAUAUAAAACAUGGAUUUAAAGAAAAGUGGUUGUUUAACGUCAUGGUUAUUGAUACACGUGGCACACAUAAUAGAAAAGGUUGCACCGAAUGUAGAUGUAACCUUUUCAAUCUCCCAAAGGACUUUUACAAUGUCACAACGGGCGUUAAUGGACUACCAUUGCCCCUAGAUUAUAAAGGAGGACUAUUUUGUUGCAAAGAUAACUUUCAAUGUAAAUUAAGAAAGAGUUUCCAUGGCCCAACAAGAAAGCUUUUUCUAAGAUACAAAAUAAGGUGGGUGGAUUGGGAUGAACACCAAGUGCCACUCAAGUUUUACAUACUUGAUUCGACUGAUCGUGUGAGAUCAAACGGGUCUACAACAAUUCAUGAGUGUCAGGCAGAAUAUGUCAUUCCAAGAAUUAGUGAUGGUAGCUCCUUUCAUGUCCAAAAGGCAAAGAUUCCAAUGACAAAAGGUGGUUAUCUUAUAUAUGGCAUUGCACAUGCGCAUGCGGGCGCUGUCAAUAUAACUGUAUAUGGACAGGAUGGAAGGGUUUUAUGUACUUCAACACCAAAAUACGGAACGGGAAAAGAACCAGGAAAUGAAAGAGGUUAUGUAGUUGGAACGUCUGUUUGCUCUCCAAAACCUGGUUCUAUCAAGAUUAAAGAUGGUUUAAAUUAUUCAUCA